AUGCCUCUCCCUUUCAACAAUAUGUUCUUUCGCAAUGCUCGACCUCGAGACGCUCAGGAUAAUUUUCCGAGCAGACAGUUAUUCGUUCUGGCAUUAUGUCGGAUAUGCGAGCCAAUCGCCUUUAUGUCCAUCUUCCCUUACGCAUAUCGCAUGAUCGAAUCCUUUAAUCUUACUCAAGACGAAACCCAGAUUUCCAUAUAUGCGGGAAUGCUCAUCACAGCUUUCGCUUUUGCCGAGUUUUCUACUGGAAUGAUAUGGGGCCGUAUCAGUGAUCGAUUUGGUCGAAAGCCGGUCCUGGUGAUGGGCUUGGUUGGCACAGCACUCAGUAUGAUAUGUUUUGGGUUUGCAACAAGUCUCACUGGAGCUAUCGUUGCCAGAGCUCUAGGAGGUCUGCUGAAUGGUAACGUUGGAGUACUGCAAACCACCGUGGCUGAGCUGGUCACCAAAAAGGAGCACCAGCCUCGUGCAUACUCCAUCAUGCCUUUCGUAUGGGGCUUGGGCUCGAUUAUUGGACCUGCCAUGGGAGGAGCCUUGGCACAACCAUGCGAAUCUUACCCUUCUCUUUUUCCUCGAGGAAGUCUAUUCGACACUUACCCGUUUCUGCUCCCAAAUCUAGUCUGUGUGAUCAUCCUAAUCUUUGGAAUCAUCAAUGGGGUCCUAUUUUUGGAAGAGACCCAUUUGGAGAAGAAGAACCGCCGCGACUGGGGGUUGGAGCUAGGAAAGAUAUUGAUCAAGAGGGUCACCGGCAGAAAGACUACCAACAUCGACAAAUAUGAGCUUGCCUUUGGAGAUGAGACUGACAGCCUGACCGAGGACGAUCCACCCCCAGGCUACCGGAGCACUGAAGGAUCUCCCCGACUCCGCUCUACAACCACAGUCGAAAUGCAUGCCGAUAUUGAGAGUUUUGCAGAAAAGGAGAACCGAGGAAUGGCCAAGACCUUCAACAGACACGUCAUACUGAUCAUAGUAGGUUAUGCUAUUCUGGCCUAUCACAGUGUUUCCUUCGACGCCUUGAUGCCAACUUUCCUAAGCGAGGAGCGGGUGCCAGCUUCUGAAGCUGUUUUGCCCUUCAAAUUCUCCGGCGGGUUUGCCAAAAGCACUAAAGCAAUCGGCUUUAUGAUGGCUGUCCAAGCGGCUUACUCCAUGUUCGCUCAACUCUGGCUCUUCCCAAUGAUUGUUCGUCGCAUUGGUACUCUCCGUGCUUUCCGAGCAGUCAUGACCAUCUGGCCUGUACUGUACUUUUUCGUCCCUUAUCUGGUUCUACUUCCCGAAAAGUUCCAGACGGCCGGUAUCUACACUUGCCUAGUCAUCAAGAUCACCUUUCAAGUGAUUGCCUUCCCGUCGAAUGCAAUCCUUCUCGCCAACGCCGCCCAUUCCAAAAACGUUCUUGGCACCAUUAACGGAGUGGCUGCCUCCACUGCAUGCCUGGCCCGAGCUCUCGGACCAAUUGCAACCGGAUCGAUACAUUCAGCUGGGCUGAAACUCGGUUACAACGGCCUUGCUUGGUGGGCAGGUGGCAUUGUCUGCGCCAUUGGAGCUCUGGAAAGCUAUUGGAUGGAAGAUACCGAUGGACGGCUGGAUCGUAAUCUGGAAGAAGAAGAACAAAACACCUGCGAACCACUACUGCAUGCUGCCGCCGUUGAGCCGGUCGACGAAAGCCCUCUCUCCACCCGACCUGACAAUCUCACCUUGAUGGACGAAUUGGACCUUACGAAGCCUGAAAAGCACGAAAUCAAUUUCGGAGAGAAGGACUAA